AUGUACUUGACCCUCCACUUCAUAGUCACCCGUCUCCCUGAUUCUCUUAGCUCGGUCAGGGACCACUUUCUCGCUCGUUGUCCCACCGAACUCACUAUCGACCUCCUAGAGCAGCACCUCCUUGCAGCAGAGAAGAGCAUUGUCGCUGUAGCUGCUGCUCGUGGCGCUCCUCGCACCCCCAUCUUUGAGGGGUGCUCUCCUUCUCCCCUCGCCCCCUCCUUCGCUACCACUGCUGCUGUUGACUUCCUUGGUGUUGAGGUAGCGGAGGUGGCACCGGGGGUGGUGGUGGUGGAGACGGUGGAGGAGGAGGAGGUGGAGGAGGGAGUGGUGGCGGGAGUGCUGGCGGGAGUGGUAGCGUCGGUAGCGAUGGUGGAGGCGGUGACGGCGGAGGAGGUGGCAGCGGCGGUGGCGGCGGCGGUGGCAGCGGCGGUGGCGGCCGGGGCGGUGGUGGCGGUAUAUGUGGCGGUCGGGGUGGAGGCACGGCCGCUGGCCAGAGACAGCAGCAACAGCAGAGUCCCCAGACGACCCAGCAGCUUCGUGGGUGGCUUGCUCAGCGUGGGAGGUCUGGGGGUGGUGGUCACUGCUCGUAUGUCAUUCGUACAGCAUGAAGAGAUGGGCAAGGACGCUGAGCGCCCUCGCUGGUAUGAGCUGCUUAGGGCUGGUGUACACAUCUUUGCUCUUGGCUAUGAUGCUAUUAUUUCUGCCAUGUAUGCAUUGGAGAUUAGUGCUAAUGGUGACUAUUACUUGUGUGUGCCGCCUGACUCCGGUAUAGAGACUGGUACUCUAGGUGCUGGUGAGGCUGCUGCCUUAGGUGCGAGCGAGUUUGCUCUCUCAGGUACUGCGCCUGCUGAGGCCUUGCACACCUUCACGCUUCACUCAGGUGCUUCCCGCUGCUUCUUUUGUGACAGUACCGCACACACACCACUCCAUGCACCUGUUGCAGUCUUUCUGGCUGACCCCUCAGGGGGCCCAGUUCUUGCACGGUCCACCACUGUGCUCCCGUGCCCGGCGGUUCCGUCUGGCUCCCAGUCAGCUCUCCACCUCCCCUCGUUCUCUUCAAACUUGGUGAACACUGCUUUCCUCUAG